GUUAUUGUUGUUGCUUCUUCUGCUGCUCAAUGUUUGUUUUCACCGCCUCGGCACCUUUCACCUCUCCCCACCUCUCGCGCUCUCUAUCGCUGGACAUGAAAAUGCCCGAGCAGACCAACAGGGCCACUGCGGCCGCUGUCCCAGGGUUGUGUUAGAUCGCGCGUAUCCUGCGUACGGUGCGGAGUGUGACGCGUUCGCUUUUCGAGAUCGAGAUUUUCCGCAGCUUCCAGUGCAGUGCAGUGCAGCUAUCGAGAGUGUGUGUAACUAGAGUGUUUCGGUUUAGUUGGUGCAAACAGCACUGUACAGUGUGUGGUGCUCCAGUACGGGUUAUCAAACAGACGACAAUCAAGCAAUCAAGCAGAACGUAUGAAGGGACAGGGUGGUGUUAUAGUUGUGCUGUGAAUUUCCUAAAAAACAACAACAACAAAAACAAGCAGGCAAAGCAAACAGAAACAAUAAAACUACAUCCUUUUUCUGGACCGAUCCCAAUACGUAACGGACGGCAACAUGUUGAACGUGUGUGCGGAUCUAGUACAAUUCGACCAGUACAGUUUGCAGCUGUACAACUACGCGAUGGUGGAGCGAUUUCGCUCCAACCAGUUCUUUAACUAUGGUAACUUUGUCGCAGACACCCGAACGCUGUCCCGAUUCUUCAAACCUUCGCUGCCACCGAAUCCGGUCGAUGCGGCUACGGCGGCGGCAGCGGCAGCUGCAGCAGCCGCGGCGGGCAGUGCACUUCUCGCAGAUGCUAGCAAACUUUCCUCCCAAGCACCGAAGCCGCAGUACAGCUACAUCGGACUGAUAGCGAUAGCGAUCCUCAGCUCGCCGGAGAAGAAGCUCGUCCUGUCCGACAUCUAUCAGCACAUCCUGGACAACUAUUCGUACUUCCGGAGCCGUGGUCCGGGCUGGCGAAACUCGAUCCGCCACAACCUUUCGCUGAACGACUGCUUCAUCAAGGCGGGCCGAAGCGCCCACGGCAAAGGGCACUACUGGGCAGUACAUCCGGCGAACGUGGAAGACUUUCUCAAAGGGGAUUUCCGGCGGCGAAAGGCCCAGCGUAAGGUGCGCCGCCACAUGGGUCUCACAUCCGACGAUGACAUUUACGACAAUAGCAGCCCGCGUCAGUUCUUUCCCGCGAUCAACUCACCGCCGCAGCCACCAUCACAGCAGGGACCACCGACACAGCAACCGUCGGCGGGCUCGGUACUGCCGCCCCAUCCGGUACUGGCCAACCCAGCGCUCUAUCUUGGACCGGGUUCUAGCGCAUCCGCGACGGCCACCUCGGCGGCAGCUGCUGCAGCAGCAGCAGCGGCAGCCGCUGCGGCCGCCGCGGCCGCCGCCAGCUCCAGUACGGCCGCAGCAGCAGCCGCCGCUGUCGGCGGUGCCGGUGGUGGAGGUGGAGGUGCGGUAGGAGGUGUACCGUUACCACCACCGUCCGCUAGCAAACUGGCGCUGGUUGGGCUCGGUGAUACAGUCGAUCAUCAUCUGCACCACCAGCAUCAAGCCGCCGCCCUCCUGCACCAUCAUCAUCAACAGCAGCAGCAGCAACAUCUCCAUCAGCACCAUCAUCAACAUCAACACCAUCACCAUCACCACCACCACCAUCAUCAAACAACGGCUGCGGCCAUCAUCAUGCGCAACACGAUGGAGAGCUUCUCCCGCAAGCGCCAGUUCGACGUCGAGUCACUGCUCCGACCAGAUGACGGUGCGGACGAGCGGGAACCGUACGAGCUGCGGCGGCCCCGCCUCUGUUCGCCCGCCAGCUCCAGCCAGAGCCCGUCACCGUUACCACCGUACACGGCACAGGCACUGGUACUGUCCGGACCAAAGACUAGCCCGAUUCCAAUGCAACCGUCCGGCGGUAAAACACCCCAACAGUGAAUCGGAUCCUGAAAGGAACGUAAGAGCGCAAGAGCGAACGAAAGAGAGAGGGAGAGAGAUAGGUAGAUACAGAGAUAGAGAGAGAGAGAGAGAGAAAAGUCCUUGAUCUCAAGUAUGUGUUUCACUUACAAUGAUCCUCAGAAAACCCCAUUUCCUUCAAUAGUUCUACUAUCAUUUGCAUUGUGGCUGGUGCCGUGACCAGGAUUAUCUUCCCCAUUCAAACACCCACCCUACCGGACAUACCCACGAAUAGGAAACAUUCCAUACGCUUCACAUACUUUCGACUGUAUCCCCAUAUCCACUGUUCACGUCCUACAAUCCAUUUUUUAAAUGAAGCAAAAUAUGAGAGCGAGAUAAAAAGAGAGAGAGAUCGCUAAAGCCAGAAGUAAGACGAAGAAGAAGAAAAAACUCCAUAAAUAUUAUAAAUGUAUAUUAAACUAUAACGCGCACCUUCAAAUCGCGUUUAUUGAAUGUGACUGUUAGCCAUUGAUGUGAAACGAUCCGGAUGGGAAACAUGUAAUAGGAUCAUCCUUCCUUCCUGCAUUUCCUUCCUGUCUGUCCCUGUUCCCUAACCCCACCGAGUUCUAUUCCCGGAGGUAAUGUGUCUUUCGCUCUGUUCCCUGUUUUCUAAACGCCACGGGAUUAUAAAGUAUAUCAAACAAUUAUAAUGAAAAGCCGUCUCUAUUCGCCGGCAAAUAUAGCAGCUACUACCACCGUGUCCCGGUAAGCCGCUUUUCCGAUUUUUUUUUCUCCUUCUGCCUUCCUUUUUUCCUUACCUUCUUCUGCUCGCCGCCCCUCUUUAGGAUGUUCUUCAAAUGAUAGCGGUUGCCAAUGGUGACGGGCCGCUAAGGUGUGGCCAUCUCGUCCGUGUAGAAAUUAAUUUCGAUAUCAAAAGAAGGAUUAGGAGGCGUUCCACCCUUUGCCGGCUCCUGUGGGGGGUUGAUUAAUUUUCCCAGUUCAUUUUUUUCGUGCAUCCUUCUUCGUGGUUUUUCCGUUCCCGUGGGGGAUUUUUCUAACGUGAAAGGUUUCCUUUUGUGCGUGCGUGUGCAUGACCGGCUCGCACUACACAUACAAUUGUUUAAUAAGGAUGAUAAAAUUAGACGCGCGUGGAGGAGAAAAUUGGGAAAAGUGUGGGGGAGGGAGGGGCGGCAGUUCAGGUAAAAAUGCAAUCCCUUUCGAGCAUUUACUACUGUUUAGCCGCCGAUGUUCCGUGUGUAACGUGCAGAAACUGUGUGUCGAUGUCUAACCUCAACCAUCCUUAACUUGUUCGCCCAUCCAAAGCUCUCCACCAAAAGGGUUUUUUUUUUAUUUUUUAGGGACUGUUACGUCUUUUGCAAGCUCGGGGAAAUCGCCACCCAAUAAUUCUAUGUAUAAUGCUUCACACCAUUUGUUACUUGGCCGCCGGCCUGGUCGGCUAACGUUUGAUGAAUCAGAAACAAAAUAUUAUUAACCUUUAUUCCUUCUCCAAAAAAAAAACAAACGGAUAUGUGUUUAGUGUUUUAUUUCUUUCAUUUUUGUUUGUGCGUAUAGGCGUGUUUGUGUGCGUGUAGAAGAGUGUGUGACUAUGUGAAUGUGAGCGAAAUUGUGUGUGAAAAAUGGAGCAAACAUAUCCGAAAGAUUAUUUUCUUUCUACGGGGGGUUUCAACAAUUUCGGAAUGAUCCUCUUCAUGAGUUCUUUCAAACAAAACAUAAAGUACUAAACAGCGUAAUACUGAGU